AUGGAAACUCUUAGGGAGAUCGUGAAGACAUUCUGCAGUCUGUGCUGUUGCUGCUGCCGGAUCUCAGAUUCUUAUGUCUCGAUCAAUGGACGGCGCUAUACCAUCAGGAGGCUGCUCGGCGAGGGAACCCUUUCAUUUGUGUACUUAGUACAACGUUUGGGCAGCAAAACGGCUACCGGCAGUAUCAGCUUGGGGAACGCACCGGAAUUGUAUGCUUUGAAGAGGAUCAGAUGUCCUUUUGGUAAUAUUGAGAGUAUAUCUGCGGCGAUGAAGGAAGUAGACAACUAUAAAAGGUUCCAAAGCCCUUAUAUUAUCACCCUAGUGGACUCGCAAGUAGUGCAGGAGAAGGAUGGGUCCAAGACUCUGUGCAUACUGCUGCCGUAUUUCCCUUUGGGAUCUUUGCAGGACAUGGUGAAUCGUAAUUUGUUAAAGGGGACUUUCGUAUCUGAGGCCGAAUGCAUAAGAAUCAUGAUAGGUAUCGCUAGAGGUCUACGUUGUCUCCACGAUCCAUCUGCUAGGGAAACUUCCGAUGCAGAGACUAUGCGAGAUACCGUAUCGUUGUCCUACAGCGACGAAGCUGCAUUUUUACUAGACGACACCCCGCUUGAGCUAGAUGUCUUAUCCUCGCACAAUACAGUUAAUACUAGGUCAUACGUCCACAGGGAUAUUAGACUCGCAAACAUCCUGUUCUCGUCAGAGGGUCUACCUGUGGUUUCGGACUUGGGCUCCUGUUGCAAAGCGGAUAUCACAGUUUCAACCAAGCACCAACUCAACGAGUUACAAGAUUGGGUCACUGCAAAUUGUAGCUUCCCCUACACAGCCCCCGAGUUACUUAACGUCAAACUAAACAGUACGAUCGAUUGUAAGGCAGAUAUAUGGUCCGUAGGUUGCACCUGCUAUGCAAUGCUCUUUGGAAUGUCGCCAUUCGAACGAGAACUUCAAGUAAGUGGCGCGUCGCUGACUUACGCCAUAGGAUGUGGUAAGUAUACUUUCCCAAAACAGACAAGAUACUCAGAGAGUCUACUAGCAGUGAUCAAGAGCUGUCUCCAGGUAGAUCCAACGGCUCGUCCAGAUAUAAACGAGCUUCUUGAUACUUUACAGGAUCUGCAGACCUCGUGA